AUGGUUGAUGAGAGUUAUCUGGGGAAUAACAUGCAAUUAGGGGAAUAUGAUGCUAACAAUGAAAGAAUAAGCUAUAUGAGAACACCAAUAAUCAACAACUCCAAAUUGUGGAACUCAAGUUAUGAGCCUUCACCUAUUGCUCCAAAUAAUCUCAACUCACCUGCUGCUGCUAAUGUUACACCAAAUAAUAUCACAGAUUCAAAUUAUCAUGAGUCAAGAUCUAAAUUAAGACAAUCUUUCCCAUUAUAUUCUAAUAUCACUACCGGUCAUGAGCCAAAUGCUGUUUCAACACCUAUUUUGAGCUAUAAACAUUCACAUAUGCAGUAUAAUUUGAAUGAACAAACUGCAUCAAAUAAUACACCACUUUUAACUGCACCAGUUCCACCACCAGGUUUUUUCACAGAAUUUGAUCUUAAUCAACAAUUGACACCAAAUUUCACAGCAUCUGGAAUCACAUUCCAUAAAUCUCAGCAACAACAACAACAAGGUGGUGUUAUUCCUCCUGAAUUCUUAUAUUCAAUGCCACCACAAGAACAAUUCCCAGCAACAUUUGAUCCAAGAUCAGCUGCAAAUAUGCCACAUAAAGAAAAAGUUAAUGAUUGGAUCACAAAAGUUCCAAUAUAUUGUUUAGCAGAUGGGCAAUUAUGGUAUAGUGAAUGUUAUCCAGGUGUUGUACCAGCUUCAAGUUCUAUUUCCACAGAAGAUGAGUCAGUUGAUGAUUUGGAUAUUUUCAAUUAUAAUCAACGUUUACUUGGAAAUGAGUUUGAUUAUGAUGAACAAUUAUUUGUUGAUAAUGAAGAUGUUUUGGAAUUCCAAGCAAGAAGAAUCACUAGAUAUGUGAAAAAAAUCUAUAAAAUGGAUUCUUCUGAGCAUGUUGUUAAAGGAGAUAAACAAUAUAUCAACAACAUUGAUCACACUCCAUUACAACUGAUGCUAUAUGAUCAAUCUGAUUCAAAUAUUGAAAUCACCAACACUAGUUACAAUUUAAACUUGACUGAUGCCUUUGAUCAAAUCCAUAGAAAAAACUUGAAAUAUCAAUAUGAUGAAGAUGGAGAUUUAAUUGAACCUGAUCACAAACAUGUUGACCUUUUAAAAGACCAUCCACCUCCUACAAAGUCAAAAGCUAUUUUCUCAGAGGCAUUAGCAGCAAUGGGAGCUCCGCGUACAAGAUCAACACCUAGAGGAAUUUCAGCAGGAGAUUCAAGGUAUAGAGUUUAA